CAAACACAAAAUAAGAAGCGAUUGCAGCCAAGAGCACGCAAAGUAUAGCUCGUUGUUUAAUUAACAAUAAAAUCGUGAAAAAAACCAAUUUCACGCUUCUGUGUGGUGUGUAGAAUAUGAAUGGUGCCGUAACAAUGGGAAGCAACGAGUACAAUUCCGGAAACAAUAACAACAGCGAAGCCUCGCCGGUUCGCGAAGAGUAUCGCAAGGAUGCUGAAAGCUCGCCACCACCGGUGAAAAUUUCAAAGCGCGAUAAAGAGCGCGAACGUGAUCGUGAACGCCGAGAGCGUCGCGAAAGGGAUCGCGACCGCGAGGAACGUGAACGAGAACCGAAAAUUCUACCGUACAUUACGCAGCCGGUGUACGAUCUACGGCAGAUUGGCGAUGUGGCGUUUGGACCGGGCACGCGCUCCGCAUUGUUGGGCAUAUUGGGUGGUGCACUGCCCCGGCUAACUACGGAGCAGAUCGAGCUUGUAUCGAGAGCGAAGAAGUACGCGAUGGAGCAGAGCAUUAAGAUGGUGCUGAUGAAGCAAACGUUAGCGCAUCAGCAGCAGCAGCUCGCCAGCCAGCGCACGCAAGUUCAACGGCAGCAAGCAUUGGCGCUCAUGUGUCGUGUGUAUGUUGGCAGUAUUUCCUUCGAACUGAAAGAGGAUACGAUUCGUGCGGCUUUCCUUCCCUUUGGACCCAUCAAAUCGAUCAACAUGUCCUGGGAUCCGUUUACGCAAAAGCACAAAGGGUUUGCGUUUGUGGAAUAUGAAAUACCCGAAGGAGCGCAGCUUGCGUUGGAGCAGAUGAACGGUGCAAUGCUCGGUGGACGCAACAUCAAGGUGGGUCGUCCAAGCAAUAUGCCCCAGGCACAGCAAGUGAUCGAUGAGAUCCAAGAGGAGGCAAAAAGCUACAAUCGCAUCUACAUCGCUUCGAUUCAUCCGGAUCUAACGGAGGAGGACAUCAAGAGUGUGUUCGAAGCGUUUGGACCAAUAAUGACGUGCAAGAUGUCGCAGGGCAAUGCUGUACAUACACACAAAGGGUACGGAUUCAUCGAGUAUCAGACGAACCAGUCGGCCAUCGAAGCAAUCGCCAGUAUGAAUUUGUUUGAUUUAGGAGGACAAUUACUAAGGGUUGGCCGAUCGAUUACCCCACCGAAUGCGCUAAUGGGACCGGCGGCAAAUUCCGCAAUGCCCACGGCGGCUGCCGUUGCGGCCGCUGCUGCAACAGCCAAAAUUCAAGCAAUGGAUGCCGUGGCCACUAAUGCGGUGCUGGGACUGUCCGCCACUACACCAGCGCUAAAGGUGGGUCUAACGGGACUUCCGCUGAAUCCAGCCAUUACGACGGCCGCCAGCGCAGGGUUCGUCGCCCAAGCACAGUUGGCCGCCGCAACACAGGCCGCAGCCGCCAUCAACAGUCAGCCGGGUCUGCUGGUCCCACCCGUAUCGCUUGCUCCAUCCUUGCUGGUUAAUCCGGUACUGGGAGGCGCAGCCAAACCACUCCCCACAGUAUUGAGCCAAGCCAAUCCGGCCGCAGUGGCUGCGGCGGCAGCAGCGGCAGCCGCAGCUGCUGCAGCUCCCAACGCUACCGCCGAGGACGUGUACAAGAAGGCACAGGAGAAACAGCAAGAAGAGUUGCAGAAGAAAUUGCUGGAAGAGGGUGAACCGCAGACACUGCAGCAGCAAGAAUCGAUGUCGAUCAAGGGCCAGAGCGCUCGGCAUUUAGUAAUGCAGCGACUAAUGCGGCCGCGCGAAAGUAAGGUAGUCAUACUGCGCAAUAUGGUCGGACCGGAGGACGUGGACGAGACGCUGCAGGAGGAGAUUCAAGAUGAGUGUAGCAAGUAUGGUGCCGUGGACCGGGUUAUUAUCUACAAGGAGCGCCAAUCGGAGGGCAACUUCGCCGAGGACGAUAAUACAGACGUGAUCGUAAAGAUCUUCGUCGAGUUCUCGCAGGCCACCGAAGCAGAUAGAGCCCGUGAAUCACUGAACGGUCGCUAUUUCGGCGGCCGGCUGGUCAAGGCGGAGUCUUACGAUCAAGCUCUCUUUGACCACGGCGAUUUGUCUGGCUAAACCGAUGGGUCGUGUGGGCGAGAAUUGCAUACCG